AUGUGUGGCUGUUACAACAGCGAAGAAGACACGAAACCUGCAUCCGGACUUACAACAGGAUUUAUCAACCUGUACCUCCAAAACGCUCUUGUUCGCAUAUAUACCUGUUGUGAUAAUUUUACUCAACAAGCGGACAUUAAUGGGCAUUGCGAUGCAACACGGCUUUACCAGGAGCGCACUGACGUCGCAGUUUGUCGAGUUGUUUCCGUUCGUCUGUGCGGCAGAAAGGGCAUAGCGACACAACAUGGCUUCACCAGGAGCGCACUGACGUCGCAGCUUGUGGAUGGUUCUGGUCAUGACAGCGAUAACAUGAUCAGUGGCACGCUGGAACUGCCGGUUUCGCUGAACGAACGGAUUUCGCGACCGACAAAAAACGGCUAUGACGCGAAUGAAUCAUUAAAACUGAGAUAA